AUUUGAUAAAUUCUACGGAAACGCAUUUUCUAAUUUGAUAAAUUCUACGGAAACGCAUUUUCUAAUUUGAUAAAUUCUACGGAAAUGCAUUUUCUAAUUUGAUAAAUUCUACGGAAACAAACGAAGGUGGACGAGUGAUAGAUAGAUAGAGAGAGAGGGAAAGAGACAGACAGACAGAUAGCUCCGGCCAGUCAGUAGCCAAAGAAACAGAUUUCAACUCAGACCAGCAGUAACAUUCCUUGUUUGGAUUUUUCUACUUUCAUUUCUGACAGCUAAUACCAUGACAGUGCCGAAAUUACUUAGUAAAUAGCAUCAUUAAUAUUCUUUCGCUUCCCAAAUGGCCUUCGAAUAUAAAAACCUAUAUUAUUUGUAUAACCAUCGCAGCACACAUUCUGCUUUUCAAACUUUUCUAAUGAACAGACUUGAUUUAUUAACAUGACAACACAAGCAUUGAGAGAAACAUUUUCUUUCUUCGACAGCAAUUUUAUACUAAUAUCUUUUCUUAUUUUACACUUAUGUUAACUGAACGUCCAAAACAACACAGCAGGAUCACAAAUUUCACCAGGACUGUCAUUUAUGGAUUUUCUAUACAUUUUUAGACAACAUAAACAUAUAUAUGGACGCGUUUAACGUAAAACCCAUAAGUCUUUUGUUGACAACUACGAGGUCGUAGUUAGCCACAAACAUUCUUGUGUUAUUUCUUUACUACCCACAAGGGGCUACACACAGAGGGGACAAACAAGGACAGACAAACGGAUUAAGUCGAUUAUACCGACCCCAGUGCGUAACUGGUACUUAUUGUGUAAGAGAAAAAUGUAUCUACAUUGCGUAUUUUUCACAUUUGUAAACAAAGUUUCGUGUUAUCUAAAACAAGACGUUGAAUUAUAAUCGAUAAGUCAGAGAUUAACUUUAAAGACGUCCUCUAGAACAGUGUUUUCUAAACCAGGCCCCACUAUAACUUACCAGAAGAAUGUGUGCCCCACUGGCUGUUGGAAAAAAAAGAACUUCCUUUUUAAUAUUUCAUCAAUUAUUUAAUACAAAAGAAUCUACCAGUAAUUAUUUUAAGAACUGAGUACAACAAGUACAUUAUUGACUACGAAAAAAAGUGAAUCACAACAGCCUUGUGCCUACAUCUUUACGCCCCACCACAGUUUUCUCAAGCCCCACAGGUGGGGCUUAUGCUCCACGUUGGAAUCACUGUUCUAGAAUUAAUAUGGAGGAUUUUACUCAUCUGGAUGCAUCUAAUACAACAGUUUUUACCAGUAAAAAAUCCAUUACACGGACGUACUCUGUUGCGAAAGAGAAACCUUUACGUAAUGAAACGUUUAUUCAACAAAUAUCACUGCGUAGAAAUAUUCCCUGUGAAAUAUGCGGGAAAUCAUUUGUCUCUAAAAGUAAUUUAACAAAGCAUAACAGAAUACACACUGGAGAGAAACCAUUCCAUUGUGAAAUAUGUGGGAAGUCUUUCAUAAACAAUUCAAAACUUGUUACUCAUAUUCGUGUUCACACUGGAGAAAAACCCUACCAUUGUGAAGUUUGUGAGAAAUCAUUUUCUGUUAUUUCUAGCCUUGUAGAUCAUAAAACAAUUCACACGGGAGAAAGGCCUUAUAGUUGUGAAAUAUGCGGGGAAUCGUUUUCCUCUGGUAGUAAGUUAACAAGACACAUACGAAUACACACUGGAGAAAAACACUUCUAUUGUGAAAUAUGUGGGAAAUCUUUUCUAAGUAAUAGUGAAUUAAUAAGACACGAAAGAAUACAUACUGGAGAAAGGCCUUAUUGUUGUGAAAUCUGUGCCAAAUCAUUUGUUAAUAAUUCUCAACUUGUGAGUCACAAAAGGAUACACUCGGGAGAAAAAGCGUAUCAUUGUCAGAUUUGUGGUAAAUCAUUUAUUCAAAAUUCUCAUCUUGUAAGUCACAAAAGAAUACAUACGGGAGAGAAACCAUUUCACUGCGAAAUCUGUGGUAAAUCAUUCACGAAUAAUUCUCAUCUUGUCAGUCACAAAAGGAUACACACUGGAGAGAAACCCUGUCGUUGUGAAAUAUGUGGGAAAUGUUUCUUCUCUAACAGUAACUUAACAAGGCAUAAAAUACUACAUAGUGGGGAAAAACCAUUCCAUUGUGAAAUAUGUGGUAAAUCUUAUGUGAAUAAUAGUGAUUUAAUAAGGCACAACAGAACACACGCUGGAGAAAAAACCUUUCACUGUGAGAUAUGUGGGAAAUCGUUCUUUGAUCAUUCUAAUCUUGUAGUACAUAUUCGGAGUCACACAGGGGAGAGGCCGUAUUAUUGUGACAUCUGUGGGAAAUCCUUUAUGCAUAACAGUCACUUAAAUACACACAAACGAAUACACACCAGAGCAAUGCCUAUGAAGCGGGAGAGAUCAUUUUCUUGCAAAUCUAAACUUCUCAUCCACCAACACACUGGAGAACGUUGUUUGUUGUAAAAUUCAAAUGGAAAAAAUUGCCCGUUUUACAGAAAAAGGUUCAACAAAAUGUUCAAACUUUAAAUUUUUCAAAAAUGCAGCACAGAAUUUUGUCAGUGAACAGGUCGCGGUCUCAAAGCGACGAAAAUAUUUUGACAAAUUAAAUUUAAAUGUUGAAGUGAAUCUAACAGUCUUUGUGUGUUAUUUUAAAUGGCUUAUAAACACCUUCCAUGCUGCAAUUGUUUUUGUUCCAGCACACGUUCUCAGAUCAGGUCACUUGCUAUGCAAGUACAUCUCUGUAAUUUUAAUUCAAUUUGUCAAAAUGUUUUCGUCACUUUGAAAAAGGUUUAAUAACAUUUUCAGCCUUCAAAAGUUAGAAAACUAAAAUUGAAAAGAAUCAAAAAAUGUUAAUUGGCAUUUUGUUGCAAAAAAUAAUAAAAAUUUGAAUCUGAAGCAGUACUUGAUAGUAUUCAAAAAAAAUUAUUCAUUCCUCUGUACUGUUUUUUUUUUUUCCUCUAGUUUCAGCUCAGAGCUGUGGCCAUGCUGAUGCACUGCCGUUAGUAAAAAUUACCAAAUGAUUUUAUUGAAAAAAAAUACAAAUUUAAUGGCCUUCAAGUGGAAAAUGUACCACCUGAGAUGGCCAAUUUGAACAUGUAUGAACAGCUUCUUAUUCAAAGAGCCAAAGGAUGCACAGCCAAUUGGUACUAGCUGUCAGAGGAAUAAUUACUCAUCUUUCAAUGCCAUGAACACUUUGUCAAACAGCAAACAUCAUUUAACUGAAAUAAUUGUUGAUUCAUUACCUAACAGAAAAACAUUAUUUGGUAGUUAAUAGUUGACAUUGAAAAAGCUUACAAGACAUUGGAUUGGCUAAAAAAUAGCAUUGUACAAUGCCAUAAAUGUCAAUAGAAAUGCUAAUUUAAAAUGGAUUAUAUGUUUACUCAGACUGGAACCCAAACUACAUUAGUACAAGAAAUGCAACCUUUAUUGACACUUGAAAAAGAUUUGACUAUAUAGAAAAAGAAUUGAUGGAAAACUGCUCAUUGAUAAUAAUCCAACAUUGGAUUUGUUCUGUUUCCUUCAUUUGUAUCCGAAAGGCAAAUUUGGAAUAUUUUCAAAUAAACAACCAUAUAUGUUCAUAAGAAACAAA